AUGGCUGAGAUUCAACAAUCCACCCUAGAGCCUGGAGCAAAGUCGCCCACCUCAACCACUGCAGAGCCUCGGCCGCAGCAGCGAGGGCCUCCACUGCACCAGAUCUACGCGCGACCAGCGCCGAUCAAGACAUUCCCUCUCCCGGCGUUCUACCCGAACAACCCCAUAUCCCUCUUCCAUGUCGCAUACGCGUGGCUAGGCCAAUUAUGGUCGCCGCCCCCGGCAGAACCCUCAGUGGUUCAUGAGGGUGUCUGGUCACCCGCAACAUGCUCAGUCCACAUCCUGGAUGAAAACUCUACCCGUGCCUUUUGGGAGCAAGGCUUCUAUGGGAAAGGAAAUCUUAGUCGAAGUGAACCCAACUGGCUGAAACGGGAGAAGGUUCGGCGAGGACUUCAAGAGGCGCACGUCAGUGAGAUUCUGACGGUUGAGAGGCGCCAGGAGCGUAUCCGAGCCAAAUGGGAGCGGGCUCGCCUUGAGCAGGAAGCCAUUCAGAAGACGAGAUUGAAGGAGGCUGAGGAAUCCAAAUCCCAAGCUGAGCUCAAGACGUCUGACCUGACAAGGGAGUCGGCCCCCGAGCCAGCUCUUGAUUCACCAGUUAGCCCGGGGAAGCUGCUGGCUCUGCCAAACUCAUCGGCAGACCUCCCGAAUGGUCGUCCUCUCAGCGAGGUGACAACUGACGGCGAGGGCAAGUUGCGUCUCGACACUGCUAUGGGCGCUGCGGUUUCCCAUGGAUCUAAUGGGAUAGACUUCGAGGUGUCUCCAGUUGCCGUCUCUACUCCUGGUAGUGCGCGUAUGACGAGCAAGACGAAGCAGCCCAAGCGACAGAAGAGCGUGCGCUUCUCCCCACAGGUCGAGAAGGCGGUUUUUGGAUUUGCCGAUCCGCCUAGCCCCUACCGUCACUCACCGUUGGCCAACGGUGGUGAGCCUUUGGCAACUCUGGAUGAAGAUGUGGCCAAGUCGGCUCAUAUGACUCCAGUGGUUGAAACAAUUCACUUCCCACUCCUCAACAAGGAGCACCUCCAAAUGAUGCCAGAGGAAGCAUUCUUCCUGAGCUUUGGCCUUGGUGUUCUAACAGUGAAUGACCAGGGUGGGACGCCGCUGCCCCCAAUGGAGCUCUUCACGCUGUUUCGGCAGUAUUCUUACUUCCCUCCCCGAGUUGAGCCGGAACAACCCGCACUGCAGCCUGAUGACAACUUUCUGGUACAUUACUCGGUGUAUCAUCACUUUCGGUCAUUGGGCUGGGUGCCACGUGGAGGCAUCAAGUUUGGUGUCGACUGGCUUCUGUACACCCGAGGCCCUGUGUUCGAUCACGCCGAGUUCGGCCUCAUAGUCAUUCCAUCGUACUCUGACCCCCUGUGGAAAGAGUCUAAGAAAGAGAACCUGCAAAAGUCGUGGCAGUGGCUCCACGCAACCGUUCGAGUUCUCUCUCACGUCACCAAAAGCUUGGUACUGGUUUAUGUGGAUGUACCACCCCCAUCAAAGUUUGAUGAAGCGUUGGAAAAGGGAUUUGCCAAUGUGUUUGAGCUGUACAAAGUUAGAGAAGUGAUGGUGAAGCGAUGGUCGAGCAACCGGAACAGGUAG